GAGUUGCAGACACCGGCAUGGAGUCCGCUUCCUCUGGCAUCCAAGAGCCGUUCGAUCUCAUCAGGCUGUCGCUCAGUGAGCGUGUCUUUGUGAAGCUUCGAGGAGACCGUGAGCUCACGGGGGUUCUCCAUGCUUACGAUGGACACAUGAAUUUGAUCCUGAGCGAUGUGGAAGAGACUAUCAUGAUUGUGGAACAGGUUGAGGGCGCGCCAGAAGGCCAAACUACCGUGAAUGUUGCAAAACGGAAGAUGGACAUGCUAUUCGUCCGAGGAGACGGUGUCAUCUUGGUAUCUCCGCCAUCGCGGACUUGACAAAAGCUAUGCCAAUAUACUUUUCGGCUGCUGCUAUCGUUACAAGCAAUACUGUUGUACUUCAUAAC